UAUUGAAAAGAAGCAGUGACCUGUCAGCCUUGACUGAUGGGAGCGGGCCGCUGGGAUCGACCCCAUGUGUGGGAAAAUACCUCAGCCAAAAACCUCGCUCAUUCACAUGCUAAUUCGGCCCUAUAAAUAAGAGGAGUGUGCAGCGCGGAGGCCUUAAAGACAAGGCAGAAUUCACACGAGAGAGCACGGGGGAAAAUCAGAUUAUAUCCAAUAAACUAAGGGACAUGACCGCUACUACCAUGGCUCACAACGUGGAGAAACUUUCGAGUGCCAAGGAAGAGAGAAAGCUGAGGAAGCCGCUUAUUGAAAGAAAAAGACGUGAAAGAAUAAAUAAUUGCUUGGAUCAACUGAAAGAAACAGUAGUUGGCGCCUUUCGACUCGAUCAAUCUAAGCUGGAGAAGGCUGACAUUCUUGAAAUGACAGUGAAACACCUGCAAAAUAUUCAGAGCAAUAAAUACGCCGCUGACCCGACUUUGGGACUGGAGGCCCAGCAGAAGUACAGCACAGGCUACAUUCAGUGCAUGCACGAGGUGCACAACCUGCUUUUAACCUGCGAGUGGAUGGACAAGACUCUGGGCUCGCGCCUGCUCAACCACCUGCUCAAGUCUCUCCCGCGCUCCACAGAGGACACCGCCCAGCCGGCGCCGGCGUCCACCCCUCUCCCCCCUCACCACACGCACGAGAGUCCCAGGCACGGGACCCCGGCUCCCUCGGGCAAGGCGUUCAGCAACAGCGACGCCAAGCCCAGGAGAGAGGUUCAGACAGACAGCGUCCAGUACCGCGCCGGCCCCAACGACAGGGUGCUCCUGCUACCAGGGAAUCGGUUAUUUAACAACGCACACAUGGCCGCGCUCGAUAUGUGGAGGCCCUGGUGAAGUGCCGGAACUCAAAACUCUAUUUUGAUCUAUGCGUAGACUCUUUAUGUAUCUUAUAGAUAUGCUUCUCAGAACACUUGUGGGGCAGUACUGUUCCAGAAUAGGUGUAUCACAGACCCUGGGUACUUCCGGCAGAAGUAAACUUCUUGUAGCCUGCAUUGUAGAAGGCUAUUAUUUGUCUAUUUAUUUUAUUAACUCAAUUUAUUUAAUAAGAUAAACUUUGCUUUUAGGUUUGUUCAUCACAUAAUGUAGUGUGUGCUUUCUCUUUCUUUGUAUCUAAUAAUGUAAACUUAUUA